AGCACAUCUUUUUUAAGGCCUCGUCUCAUUGGACCAUAUUCCCGCUUGCUGUAUGCCGCCAUUUUGGAAUUGUACGCAAGUUUCCAACGCGUGUUUAAUAAUAUCGGCAAGAAAUAUCUAGCAAUGGCUGAAGAGGAUACUUCUGUAAAUAUUAAGGUUGGUGAGAAUAAAACACAGGAGGAGAUUGAUGGUAAGAAGAAUGGUGAGAAUGAGGAGCAAGAUGAAACCAAGUCCCCAGUUAAACUACCAUCUGAAAAACCAGAGAAAAUUCAGUCGCCAAAAAAGCAAAAUCAAGACGUGAACAAGGAAGCAACUGAAGACAAGGCAGAAGAGGAGGAGGAUGAGAGUGAAAGUGAUGAGGAACUUCCCUUGGGGUCACUUGAAGGACCAGUCAAGAUAAUGGAAGGAAAGCGAGAACGAAAAAAAGUGCAGCGUCUGAGCUUGGAGAAGAAAGAAACACCAGAAAAAAAGAAAUUUGAAAUAGUUGAAGGUCAAGGAACUAAACUUGGUGAAAUGGAAAGAGUUGAAUUUGUCUUGAGUAGGACGAAUGCAGAUCAGUUGAAGUUACUCUACCGCUUCUUAUUUGGCAAAGUAGGAAAGUUGUUUGAAGUCAAGAAACACAUCAGGCAGUUUUCAGGCUUCAAUUUUAAGGAGAAUGAUCAUGAAUAUGAUAAAAAAGAACAGUUCCUUAUCAGAGUAACUAUGACUGCUUUAAGGGAUUUCUGCACUUAUUUGGAUUUAGAACGAGGUGGAAACAAAGACGUAGUAAUGAAAAGAAUCAUGGAUUUUUGUUUAAACCCUGUACCGUCUGGUAGAAAAGUCCCAAAAAAGAAAGGUCAGAAGAGAAAGCGUGCAUCUUCCGGCAAAGGCAAAUCAGAGAAGAAAUCAAAGAAACCAAAAAAAGAAACACAGGUGGCCAAGGAAACCGUAGAUGACCUAAGUGAUGUUAGUUCUAUUAGCGAUAUUAGUAGUAGUGAUGAGGAUGAAGAAGAGAACAAAACUGGAAACAGUACCAAAGCCAGUGAUGUAAAUAAAAAAUCUGAAAAUGCAGAGAGUGAAGAGCAGUCUGAAAAUGAUGCAGAAGUUGAGGAUGAGGAAGAAGUAAAGAAGCCUCCUAAAAAAAAGAAGGCUAAAGAAACACCAAAAAAACCUUCAACUCCUAAGAAGAAAGAAAAAGAAAAAAAUAAGGCAAAAGAGGAAAAAAAGAAAUCGGCAAAGAAAUCAGAGACUCUGAAAAAACUUGAGACGUCGAAAAAAUCAAAUACACCGAAGAAAUCCGAAACACCGAAGAAGACCGAGACACCGAAGAAAGCAAAGAAGACCAAGAAAGCUGCUGUGUCUUCAGACUCUGAUAGUUCAGAUAGCGAACCAUUGAUUAAAAAGAAGAAGGCUCCUUCAGAGAGUGAAUUGAAAGUAACCAUAGAAACACUUUUAGAAAAUGCCAAUCUCGAAGAAAUAACAAUGAAAGCUUUCUGCAAGCAAGUUUAUGCCCAGUACCCGGACUUCGAUUUAAAACACAAGAAGGAAUUCAUAAAGACAACAGUAAAAGCUAUUGUGUCGUGAUAGGGUUGCAGAGUAUUUUUUGUUGUUGAUUUUAAUACAAUAGCAGCCUUGCGAGAUGUUUAGCUGAUACCCUGACGUUGAUAAGUGUUAACCAGCUGUACAAAGUAAGCAGCGUUAACACCAACUGAGUCAUAGUGAGUUAAGCACGGUUCAAAGUGUUGACUGCCCUCCAUUAAUGUAUUGUCUACUGCCUUCCCUUAAUAUACCCCUUUGAUAGAAAGCCACUCUUUUGUAGACUUGUGGUAGCUUAUAUUUUUAUACCUUUGAAUCUGAGAUAGGAAUUGUGACUGGAAAUGAUCUCUGAAUGAUGAUGAAAUUAUAUAUAAAUAAUUAAUUUCAUUAAAACUUGUGUUGAUAUCUCAGCAUUUUGUAAAUUUCAAUAAUGAUAAAUUAUGAUAUUUUGCUUGGAAAUAUUGAGAGUGACUAGCAUAAUUUAUUGAUUAUUUUUUUGGUGUACAUAAUUUUACAAUGUGAUCGUCAUCCUAGAGCACAAUCAGAUCCGUAGGAUCUAGUAGGUCUAUCAUUUUUAAUUGGCAGAUGACUGUGUUAAGGUUGAAAGUAAAACUAAAAUAUGGAUCUAGCCAAACAAUCAUUGGUACAUAGUACCUUGCUGAGAUAUUACUACAAAACCAAUACUACUUGUAUAUUUUUAACCCAAAUGUUUGUUACAUUGUGUGUAAUUGUACAUAAGUUUAUUAUUAUUAUCAAUUAGAUGAAAAUAUGAAAUUUGCUUAUCUAAAACAUUCUAAAUUACAUCUAAACCUAUUUGUUUCAUAGUAAGCUUGCUGUAUACAAGCAGAUUUAGCCCACCUUACUAUAAUUUCAAUCAGGUACCUAAAUCUUUGAAUCUGAAUUCAAUAACAAUUAAAGUUAAAGAAAGUUUCUGAAGAUGGUGCAAGUUUCUAAAAAGCCGGUAAUCAUAAGAAUAUAUGAUGAGUUAAUGAUUAAUUGAGGAAAACAUAUUUGGUCCUGUGAGGUAUUUGAAUACUGCAUACUGUAUUUCAGCCAUAUGCUAUCAGAUCUUUUUUUUUGUCUGUCAGACUUAACCUUUUACAUACUAAAUACAUAAAUUGUUUGCUCAGAUAUGUAUGAAGCAUACACAUACAGCAGAGUCUGAUCAAAUGCUGUGUGAUGAGUGAACAAAAUCGUAUAGUGUAUUUCAAGCUUUAUUUUCCUUUUGAUGUUUACACUGUAUUGUAAUUGGAAUUUUUUUCUAAAUUGUAGAUUCAGAUUUUUAGCAUUGUAUGAUGAUGAAUUGUGUUUUUGUGUAAAUGUUACUCAAAGAGCUGAAUUCCUAUUUUUCAUUGUACAGUAGUAUACAGUGAUAUAUUAAUCGUCAAGAUUAUGGUGUUUCAAAUUUCAAACUUAAAAAUUCAAAAAUACUCUAUUAUCCAAUUGGUCGUGGUCGUGGCAUAAUAUACAACAAGAAGUUCUCAUCAGGGAUUAGUCAAAGACAGUUGUUAAGAAAAGUUGUUUCAUUUUUAACAAAUUUAGUAAUUCCUUUCCCAAUGGAAAAGUUAUGGAUAUACAAAUACUGGCUAAACCAUGUGAAUUAGUGAAAGAAAAAAAUACACAGGUUAUUUGGUAUCAAAAUUUUAGCAAUGAAUAAUAUAAGGUUAAAUCAUAGUAAUUAAAGUGCCAUGAUAUUUUACUAAAUUUGUUGCGGACUUGAUGCUAGAAUGGUGGUGGUAAUAUGAUAAGAUAGCAUAUUAUACACUUCCAUCCUACUGAGGAAUGGCUGAAACUGUUGAAACAAAAGUGUGUUUACCCCCUAGGUUGUUUCUAACAUCCUCAAGUCUGAACUAAAAGUGUAGUCAAUACCAUACUAACUUGUAAAUUCUCAACUUGUAAAGUUAGUUUAUGUGCCUAUACUUCUAUGGCAGCACAGUGAUACUACUGUAUUGUACAUACCACACACAGUUAUACAAUCGGGUAACUCAGACUCGCCUAGUUUACAUUCUACACUUACUGUUGCUACAGUCUGCCUUAACAUAUACAUGCAUAUCUACAGUUUUUUUAUAUACUGGUAUAUUUAUUAUUAUUUAAUUAAUUUUAAAUAAGUGCAUGUAUUUUAACUAGUCAAGUAACAUUGAAGCCAUCUUGUACGUACAUUGUUUAUAACAGUUUGGCAGUUUUAUUGCAAUAUUUGAUAGCAAAGUUUAAUAAUCCAUGUACCAUUCGACCAGUACAAUAAUAAUGUGUUUUUGAUGUACAGUAAAUGUUGAACUUACUGGUUCUUAUAUUUAAAUUUUGUAUAAAUGUUUCUGAGGAUAUUCUUUCCAACGCUAGGGAGCUCAACAGUAUAUGCCACUGGGGGAAAGUUAUAACAGGCACUUGUAUGAAUGAAUGCGCCUAUUAUUCCUUCCAAACGAAAAACAAAUUCCCCCACGUUCAAUUUUAAAAAUUGGUUGUUUUUAGUAGGAUUUGCGUUUGAAUAAAUAAUGUUUAGGGAAUUUUCAAAUUUUGAGAUGAUCAAUAAAAGUAACCUGGCUAGGUCAUUUUUAACAUUACAUUCUUCUUUACAGUUGUUUUAAUAGGAUUUGCAUUUGCAUAUACAGUAAUAAUGUGUUUAGGGAAUUUUCAAAUUUUGAGAGCAUCAAUAAAAGUAACCUGGCUAGGUCAUUUUUAACAUUACAUUCUUCUUUACAAUGUAUGCACUGUCUAUAUUAAUAAGUAAGGUAAAUAUUCACAGUUUAACUAUAUUUAACUAGAGCACAUGCUUUUGUUGCAUUUCGUCACAUGACUGGUAGUAGGUACUUGUGCGAAUGAGAGCUUGUUGGUUAACAGUUAGAAUGAAUAUAUUGCCUGCAGUACUUUGACUCAUGGGACCGAUUCUGGCGUAGGCAAACUGUAUAUAUUAUUACAGUUCCGCAAAUGAUUUAUUUUUUAUUCAAAGUACAAUCAUUGAAUAAUUGUAAAUUGUAUCCUAUUGCAUUUUCUGUAGUAAUAUUUGCCUGUUAAAUCUGUCGGAUUUGUGUAAAUGUUUUGAAUUUUGAAAAUAAACUUUCUAUAAUAAAAUAGA